AUGGAUCCAAACCCUAAGAGCUUCCCCGUGGUCUCCUACGUCUUGUCUCGGCUCCACCUGGGAUCCGGGAGCAGGAAGAACCCCCCAGAAGCGGACAUUGACAUUGAGCAGCCCUCGCCGCGGGAGGACGACGGAGGGAGGGAGCAGCAGCAGUUCGAGCUGGUGGAGCGGAUGCCUCGCCUGAAGCAGCCGGAGCUCCUCGCCUCGAUGGCGCAGGCCAUCUCCGACGUCGCCGGGACGCGCUCCAUCCUGCGGAACCUCGGCGAUCGCCCCGAUCACGAGGCCGUCGACGCCGCCCGCGCGAGGAUAGCAGAGAUCGACGCCGCGCUGGCAGCGGACCUCGUGGCGCUGGGAGAUGCCGCCGCGGGCGACCUGGAAACGGAGUAUCGGGGGAAGGCGGAGAGGGAGAAGUUCGCCUACCGGGCUGUGAUUCAGCUCGAGGAGAUGCACGCGGCGUACGAGGAACUGCUGAGGGAGGCCGAGGAGAGGCUCGUCAAGAUCUACGAUUCGGCGGAGGCGGAGGAGCCGCCGCCGCCGGCGGUGGCGGAGCUGCAAUUCGGGGGCGGCGUGUCAGAGGAAGCGAAGGACGGAGGGGAGCAGACGGACGAGGAGGUCGUCAGGAUCUUGCAGGAAGCGUCUGAAAGGUGCGUGGAGAGAGUGAAUCUCUCCGGCCGCGGGCUCAGAUUCAUCCCGGAGGCAUUUGGGAGGCUCCGAGGCUUGCUCAUCCUCAACCUAUCCAACAAUCAACUGGAGGUUUGCCAACCUUGUUGCUCGUUCCACCCUCUCCAUUAUAUGAUUCAUCUCCUUUUUCAUAUGUUUCGAGGUUCAUCUUAAUUCUUAAUCUCACUGCAGUCUCUGAUCCCACGGAUGGAGUUGAAAUCUGUAUGAAUUUUGUCUGAACCAGAGAAAUCCGACUACAGUUUUCCCUCUUUUCCUCCUGUUCUUCCCUGAAUUAGCUAGAACUCUCCCACCCUUAAUCCCCAUUUGAUGAGGGGAUCGGUAAGCCCUGGUAGAAUCAAUCGUCAGGAAAGCCUAAUUUAGAACCCAUAGCGUUGAUCACAUGGUGGUGUAGUGAGAACUUCUGGAUUGGCUGAAACCCUCCCUCCCGGACCGCCAUUUGAUUCUGAUUUUCCUGUUUUUUUUUUUGUCCUAUCAUCAUUGACGGGAUGGAUGAUCUUCAGCUCUUUCUGCGCUGCCAUUUAUGUCCUCGCCUUGUUUACUGACGAUCUGGAUCAUCAUCCACCGUGAUUUCUCAGGUCGUUCCCGACUCCAUAGCGGGGCUGGAGAAUCUCCAGGAGCUCCGCCUCUCUUCCAACCUCCUCACAUCGCUCCCCGACUCCAUCGGCCUGCUGGUCAAUCUCAAGAUUCUGGUUGUCUCAGGGAACAAGCUCAAGUUCCUCCCAGAUAGCAUCUCCAGAUGCAGGUCUUAUCACUGUUCUUCGACCUUUUUCUUCCCGCUGGAUUUCAUCUUCUCGGAGGACGACAGAUCUCUUCUGAUCGGAGGCUUCCGGUGAAUCAGAUCCCUGGUCGAAUUGGACGCGAGCUUCAACGAGCUCACCUACCUGCCGACCAACAUCGGCCAUGAACUGGUCGAUCUCCAGGGGCUCUCGAUCGGACUCAACAAGAUCCGGUCCCUGCCUUCCUCCGUCUGCGAGAUGAUAUCCCUCCGCCGCCUCGACGCUCGCUUCAACGAGCUCCGGGGCCUGCCGCACGCCAUUGGGAGUCUGACGAACCUCGAAACCCUAGAUCUCAGCAACAACUUUAGCGAUCUGACGGCUCUCCCGGAGACGAUUGGCGAUUUGGUCGGCCUCCGGGAGCUCGAUCUCAGCAACAACCAGAUCCACGCCCUCCCGGAUGCCUUCGGCAGGCUGGAGAACCUGUCCAAGCUGAACCUCGAGGGGAAUCCGCUGGUCCUCCCGCCGGUUGAGGUGGUCAACCAGGGGGUGGAGGCCGUGAAGGAGUUCAUGUCCAGGAGGUGGCUCGAGAUCCUUCUUGAAGAGGAGCAGAGGGCCACGGUGGAGGCGGCGCCGCCGCAGUCGCCCCAGGCGGCUGGCGGCGGCUGGCUCUCCCGCAGCGCCUCCUUGCUGAACAGCUUGGUCUCCGGCGUCUCUGGAAGCGUCACGGGAUACCUCGCCGGCGCCGAUCGCUCUCCCAGGGACCCCUUCCUCGACCAGCAGCUGUAA